GCUUCUUUAACUCACCUCUCUUCCCAUUUAGUCAGAAGAGAGCACUCUCGAGGAUGGUUUUCGAAAUCGCGUCAUCAACAUUCACAAAUUUCAUAUUUGAAAAAUUUAGAUUUAUUUGAAGUUCAAAAAGUUGAUAAAAUCAUGUCGUGAUCCCUGACACGGCGAGAUGCUCCACCUGUGGGAGUGCCCUCGGCCUCCCAUGAGGAGGUUCAUGUCGGCUUGUAGUUUCGUCUUCUUCCUACAUGGAGGUUUAUCCCAGAACUGCAAUGCUGUGGCCGCACUCAGCCUGCAUCGGUUGGAUCCAGCCUCGGCCGCAGAGGCUGUGGAGGCUAUGAAGAAGGAGAUCGAAACUGAGACGGCCAAAGCAAAGGCAGCAGCUAAGCAUGCCUUAGAAUCGCGUGAUCUAGUCAAGGCGACGGCCAAAGCGGAGAAGGCCUUUCAGGCUGCGCACACAGCAGAACUAGAGGUUGAGCGAGCACAGCCAGCGAAAAUUUUAGCCCAAGAGCAGUUGUCCAAAGUAGAGCAAGCGUUGCAUGAAGCGAAGGAGGCGAAAGCAAAGAUUUUGGGAGGAGGAGGUGGUAUCACUGAUGGCAUCAUACCUAGCAUAUCUUAGAAAUAGUAGGUUGCCUGCAGUUCAAACGUAGAAACUGGUGCAGAUUUGAUCCAUUUUUCUUCUCCGAAUCCAGUUAAUCAACCACCUUCGUUCCAGGUGAUUCCAAAACCCCUGGGCUUGUCCGAAUCCACUUAAUCAACCACCUUCGUUCCAGGUGAUUCCAAAACCCCUGGGCUUGUCCGAAUCCACUUAAUCAACCACCUUCGUUCCAGGUGAUUCCAAAACCCCUGGGCUUCUCCAGAGCGCUUCAGGCAUCGUUUCUUCGGCUGUCAAGUCCGCUCUCGACGCCGCUAUGGCUGAGGCACAGAAGGAUGCUGAUAGCCUAGCGGCGCAAACUCUCGAUGUGCCGCCGCCGUCUGAGGAAGAAGUGACAAAAAAGCGGAACAAAGCCGUUGCGGCGUCUAUUCAGCCGUAUCAUCUGGCGAUCAUGCAGCACCAGCGGUUGGAACAGAACAAGCUAGCGCAAGCGAAGAUUAUGGCUUCUGUCAACAAUUCCUUUUGAAAUACUAGAUGUCAACAAUUAUUCCUUUUGAAAUACUAAUACUAGACUGUGACAGACUGACAGAGGUCAACACAGGCAGGCUAACAUCCUGAUUUUGCAAAAGUCUUACGUGCGGAUUAUCCAUAUUCAAAUCCCUGAUUUCAUCUUCUCUCUCCUCUUCUAAAGCCCAAGCCCUUGACGAUAUGACCGCCCUUAAACAACAAGCAGAGCAGACCGCCACCUGGGCCACGCAAUUGCAGCAACGUGGAUUAGUCCGUAAGGCGUUUGAGGAGAUGGCUUACGCCCGAUCUAUGAUGUGGCAAGCAGCGAACUUGCAGGAAAGGAGUAAGCAACUAGAAAACGAGGCUACUGCGACUGGGGCAGCAAUCCCAGAUAUCCAGAUGAACGAGGCUGCAAUGGCAGCAUAUACAGAUACGAUGGAGAAAGCAAGGUGAAUGCUAUGCAUAGGAGAAGGGGAUUUACUUAUAAUAUUUUCAUUAAGUCUUGUUCGUGUUUGAUUGGGUUGUUGUUUUUUCCAGACUUUGAAUCCAUCGAAGUUUACCUUGAUAUCUCAUUCAACGAAUUGGGUAUGCACAGGUGCUGGAAUAUGAAAGCAGAGCACUGCACAGUGGAUUUUCUACCCUUGACGUAGCUCUGGGGAUUAGUUGCUCUCGUCACAAGCAACACAUAAGAAGGAAGGUAUACGAAUGAGAGGGCACCACUAAAGUGAGGACGGCCGUAUUGAUUCUAAGCACCACAAGAUCAAGAGUAAGAGACACAGUCCUAGUUACAACUAGUCGAAACCAGCAUGGCUAAAAGCAAUCUUUUUUCAGUGCUUAUUCGAGCGACACAAGAAAUACAACAAACUCGAAUCGAUGAAAAAAUGCCCAAAAAGAGGCGCCUCCAAAA